AAUCGAUAUUUAUUAAUGUAUUCUGAAUAUUCGAUAGAGGAAUAAAAAAAAAAAACUCAACAAAAAAUCUAAAUUUCCAUCCACGCUCUUAAACGGUUUUACCCAAUUUUGUGAAUAAGAAGUGUAGGAUUUGGCGAAAGUUGGAGCAGAAUCACCAUGAAUUUAUGCCACAACGCAUUUCCCCUCUUCAACCCACCGUCAUCUCAACUUCCACUCACUUCAAUCUCAUCCCUCUUCAACUUCAAUUCCCUUCCAAAAUCCAAGUUCCCACGCGCCACCGCGAAUGCUACCGGCGAAGCACCUCUGCCAACCAUGUCCCAAAUUCUAGAAGCGUGUCGAGCGCAGAAACUUGACCUUCACCUCAAAACUCUGGGCCCCUUUUUCAGAAUCACAGCAAGGAGCUUGGUAACCGACGCCGAGCUCGGAAGGGCCGAGGGGUUCGUAAGAUUCUGGUUAGAUGGUAAAAUCCUUCACUUGGACUCGAUUAAACUACGGAGAGAAACACUGGGCAUGGAGAAAUCAAUCUUUGGCCUUGGCCUGUUCAUUGGAGCCGUUGCAAUUCGACACGGUUAUGAUUCUGGCUGCAAAACAGCCCAGCUAUUGGCCAUCAAUGACUCCGAUCUUUACCAUUCUAAGGCUUUAUUUCGAUAUGUAUGGUUAUGGAAUGGAGGGGUUGAAUUUGAUGCUGUUUUCACAGUUGGUUCGAUUCUACAGUAGACUUGGGUUUAAAGCAGUGUACGAGGUAACGGGGUCCUCCAUUGGAGAUGUUGGACACAUGCUUGUGUGGGGUGGUGUUGGUACCCGCAUGGAUGCUAGUGUUGAAGAACUGAUGGUAAAGUGGUGUACAAGAUUUAAAGCGCCCCAUAAAUAAUUAUGUCACGGUUGGAGGAGCAAUUGAAUUACAGCAAAAAUAACAUAGUAAGGAAUAGGUAUAGCAGAAGAAAACGAAAGAUGUCGUUUUUUUGUCGAUUUGAUCUCUUUGUUCUCAUCCUAAUGAGGGAUGAAUCAAGAGAAUAUGUACAACAAGUUCUAGUUUGUUGAGAAAUAGUUUGUUUGAUGGUUGGUUGUAUGAUUACUAGUUACUCGUCGCUUUAGCUGUGGGUAAAAGUUUGCUGCUUAAAAAUAUGAGAGAUUGUAAUGAAAAAGGGAUAUAGAUUAACGUUACAAGUAAAGACCGGAUAAUUACAAAGUAUGGUUGUAAUACUUUUUGUAAAAUUUAUUCAUCAUUUAUACUUCUCCUAUA